CGGCGCGCCUGCGCAGUCACUCUUCCUUGGGCGGCCGCCAUGGCGGGACAGGAGGAUCCGGUGCAACGGGAGAUUCGCCAGGACUGGGCGAACCGGGAGUACAUUGAGAUCAUCACCAGCAGCAUCAAGAAAAUCUCGGACUUUCUCAACUCGUUCGAUAUGUCUUGUCGUUCAAGACUUGCAACACUAAACGAGAAAUUGACAGCCCUUGAGCGGAGAAUAGAAUACAUAGAAGCACGGGUGACGAAAGGUGAGACGCUCACCUAGAACUGUGGGAUGCUGCUGCUGGGAAGUUGCUGUACAGAACACAGGCCACGUGGGAAAGGCCCCAGCAGCCUCUGCUCCUUUGUCUCUCCUUAAAGAGCAACAGGGCUUUUUCUUGUUUUUCUUUUUUCAAAAGUGGCCUUUGCUACUGCCAUGCUCAUCUGGAAUGUGGUGUGGCAUUGGGGAGAAGCCCAGGAGACCUCCUGGAAACAGCAUUAGGCAUUUUACCUUUUCAGUUACACUUUAUGGAACUACUUAUUGUUGUGUUUGAGGUGUUCAGAGCCACAAAGACUGGGAUUCUGUCAAGGUCCUCCCCACCUCACUCCUCUCAGAUUUUCCCUCCAGCUCCCCUGGCCUCUGCACUGAUUCUGUCAGCAGUCUGUUUUCUCCCCACCUGGGGUGGGGUGGAACAGUCCUGGCUGGAUGCUCAUGCUUGGCAGUGUGGUACCAGAGAAUUGUUUACUCACCCAUGUUCUUGUUUUGAGGAGGUCAGGCUAGGCCCCCAGUUGGCUUGAAGGGACAUUUUCAGUUUUCUUUCUGUCACUUGGGUUAUCUCUUGCCUCUCAUAUUUCCCUAAUAAACUCCUCAACUUUA